GAAUCGCCCCACAAAUAGAUAGAGUGGGUAGAUACCCUUUAGAUAAAAUUCUCUGAAUCUAUAAAAUAAAUUCAUCCUAUUUACAUAAAUAUUCAUCCUAAGUACAUCAUUAAAAUCUUUGUACGAAACAUUAGUUCAUGACUUAAUCAGAGUGUCAGACACACACUGUAAAUUAUAUCAUUAAAGACAUGAUGAUAUUUCGCUAGUUAACUAUUCAGUGUUUACUUUUCCCAUAUUGAUGAUUCAACCCUUUGAGGUCAUCGUUCAAACCAAAUGUUGCAGCUAAAAGGUCUAUCCAAAUGUUAAACAACUAUUGUUGCUGAUAUGAAUAAUACAAACAACAAUUAGCCAAUUAACGUUCCUUCAUGAGAUAGGUAACGAAUGUAUCACGCAAUCAUAGUUCUUAUACAUCGUCUAUGCAUGAUGCAUGUUGACAAACUAUGAGAAACUGUGCUCUGUUUAGCAGGGCAGUCGCCUUGCCAGGCCUUUCCAUUACGUUAUUGGAACUUUAUACCCGGUUCAAGAACAGUUGACACAUAUAGUGAUCUUUAAACUUUGUUAUUUUUCAUAAUAAUGUAAAAUGUUGUUGUAUUGGUGAUCGCAAGCCCAUUGUGAAAAGUGGCCGUGACUUUACAUCGAGUUUGAAUCUGAUAAUACAAGGCGUUUUUAAAGAUUAUCACUGCUUUUUUCCGGAUGACUUUUCCGAAGGAAAUGUUUUGUUUUGAAGUGGGAUCCUGAACAAAAACUUUUACCUUAAAACGGCAAAACAAACUACCCGUUCAUUUUAAGGUUUAACCACUUUUCAGGGCCAAAAAGAUAUUUGUUUUGAAAUGAUUGCAAGCACUGACUCUUGAAAUUAUAGAGCGGACAAUUUGCUAUAUAAAUAAUUUUAUUACAGCCUGUCAAUAAAGUAGAGUACAGCAUAUUUUGUUGUUCUGAGCUAUAAUGGGAAAUAAAAAACUAAAACAUAAAGUCAAUAGGGAAUUGGAUUCGAGACCUGCAUCCUAUUAUUAUCCUCCGAUUCCACCUACAAGGGAAUGCCAAAUUAAAUGUGAAAUAAUGAGGACUAGGGCCUUAUUAUCAUCCAUGUCCAUGAACAGGGGGGAAAGCACGGUGAAAUACCCUGACCUAAGCAAUGAGCUACCUCUUGAAAAACCAAAAAAAAGAGACAGAACUAACAUCAUAAAAGAUUACUUAGUGGACUACACAGCUAAUUCUAAUCUUCAUGGCCUUAAAUACAUCGGAGAAAAAGAAAGAACCUAUGUAGAAAAGAUCUUUUGGUUGUUUAUGUUUACAUGUUGUGUAGUUCUUUGCGCGGGCUUGAUUAGAAAAGUCUGGAUAAAAUGGAACGAAAGUCCCGUGAUUGUAAGUUUUGCCGAAAACCCGACUCCAGUUUGGCAGAUUCCCUAUCCAGCGGUCACGGUGUGUUUUGAAACGAAAGCAAUGCAAAGGAAAUUCAAUUUUACAGAAUACUACCACUUGUACCUUAAUGAUCGCGAAAAUCUUACGGAACACGAACGAGAUCUAUUUGAGGACAUAUCAAUGGUAUGCGAUGACCACCUUGCACCAUCAAACGGGCGAAGAUUUUCUUCAGGAGUCGACACAGUUAACAACAUUAAAUCGGUAUCGCCAAACUUGACUGAAGUAUUUUUUGGUUGCAAAUGGAAAGAUAUUCCCAGUGAAAAUUGUUCCGAUUUGUUUUCUCCAGUAUUGACAGAAGAGGGGCUCUGUUAUACGUUCAAUACUUUGGGUCCCGAAGAAAUGUUCCGAUUGAACAAUUUGCAUCGCGAUUAUCCUUAUUUGGAGCAUGAUAAAACAGCCGAGUCCUGGAGUUUAGAAGAAGGUUACGCAAGCGGAACUCCCAUUGAGACCUAUCCUCAUAGAGGCGCAGGCUAUGGUGUAAAAUCUGGGCUAACAUUCUUAUUGAAAGCCAAAAGGAUCGAUUUGGACUACCUCUGCCGAGGUCCAGUACAAGGUUUCAAGAUAUUGUUACACAACCCGGCUGAGCUGCCCAGGCUUUCCCAACAGUACUUCCGAUCGCCUCUAUCGCAAGAAGUAGUGGUCGCGGUGAAACCUAAAAUGAUGACCACUUCCUACGGCCUUCGACCUUACGAACCGACCAGGCGACAAUGCUAUUUUCCAAGCGAGCGCUAUCUCCAAUACUUCAAAGUGUACACUCAAGCUAAUUGCGAGAUGGAGUGUUUAUCGAACUUUACUUACACUCGCUGUGGAUGCGUGCAUUUUGGAAUGCCUUAUGGGCCAAAUAUGGAGGUCUGCAAUGCUGGCAGCCGAGAAUGUAUAAAAGCAGCUCAAAUGGAACUGGUGACUAUUUCAAUUCAGUCAGGCCUCGACGGUCACGCUAGCAACGACACUGAUAAUCUCGGAGAAGCCCUAAAGGUUUCAUCUAAAUGCCAAUGUCUGCCGGCCUGCACUUCGAUCGAAUACGAGGCAGAAACGUCACAAGCUGACUACGACUGGGCCGCCAUAUUCAGAGCAUACAGAUUGGUUAAUGUCUCUGAGGAAUUAAAGGACCUAACAUACUCUCGCGUGAUGGUGUUCUUCAAGGAGGCCCAAUUCAUCACAUCUCGUCGCUCGGAACUGUAUGGUCAAACUGAUUUCCUAGCCAAUUGCGGUGGCCUGCUCGGACUGUUCAUGGGCUUUUCUAUUCUGAGCGUCGCUGAAAUAGUCUAUUUCCUAACUUUGAGAUUGUGCUGUUUGCUGUGGCGCCGUCGUAACAAGAAGCGCCGUAUUGAUUUUACGACAAAUGAUAAUAUUCCCGGGCCGAGCCCCAACAAAGUAAUGCACCCGUACAACGAUUAAUUGGACAAAAAAAACAACGAUUACCAUAUCAAAACAUUCAUUAUAUUAAGCAGCUUAAGAUAAACAUUAAUUAAAUAAAGAUUUACAUUGAUUCUUUUUGUAA